CUAAAAUUAUCCGGCAGCAGAUCUGAGGUCAGAUUUCAACUGAAGAGACGCAGCAUGGAGGACCGCUGCUGCGCUCCCCCAAGGAUGGUCAGAGGGAGGACGAGGCUGCAGCUCAGAAGUCAGAGUUCAUCUCACCUGUCCACCUGUGUGCUGUGACAUCAUCAUGGUGGGCGUGGCUGCGUGCGGCUCGGUCAGCUCCAUUAAAGCUCUGUGGGAGACCAGGAUCAGGAGGACGAAGGAGGAGCAGGAGGAAGAGGAGCAGAGGAGGAGGAGGACAGCCAGAGGCGGGGCUACCAGCAGGCUGAGUGUUGGUGUUUGGGAGGACCGGGUGGCUCUGGCUCGACUCAAAAAGAAGCUGCAGACAGAAGACGGACGACUGAUCCUCCGAAUUGAACAGGAGGAGUGGAAGUCUUUGCCAGGCUGUCUGGUCCAACUAAGUCAAGUCCAGGAGUGGCAGAUCCACCGGACCGGACUGCAGAAGAUCCCUCACUUCAUAUCCAGUUUCCAAAACCUUUUGGUUAUCGAUCUGUCACGCAAUGGGGUCACCGAGAUCCCUAAACAGAUCGGUAAGCUGACCCGGCUCAGAGAGCUGCUGCUGAGCUACAACAGAGUACACUUCGUUCCUGAAGAGCUGAGCUGCUGUGAGAGUCUGGAGAGACUGGAGCUGGCCAUGAACCGGGACUUGGACCACCUACCAGACCAGUUCAGGAACCUGAAGAAGCUGCAGCACCUGGAUCUAUCCAUGAAUGACUUCACCUGCCUGCCGGACUGCGUAGUCGGACUGCCGGCGCUCGAGUGGCUUGACAUGGGAGGAAACCAACUGCGGCACUUACCUGAGGACAUACACAGGAUGGAGAAGCUGCACGCUCUGUGGCUGCAGAGGAACGAGCUCGAGAAACUCCCAGAAAACAUCAGCAGGAUGGCGAGUCUGGACACUCUGGUCCUCAGCAGCAACAGACUGAGAGACAUCCCCCCUCUAAUGGAAGACAUGUCCAACCUCAGGUUUGUGAAUUUUCGGGACAACCCUCUGACUCUGGACGUGGCGCUGCCGUGCAGGAAGACGAAGGCCGAGGAUGACGAGGACGAGGACGAUGAAGAUGACAGGGAGAUGUUUGGACGUGACUUCAUGCACCUGUACAUCCAGGAGGCCAGAAAGAGAGCGUACGCUGUGCUCAACAUGCACUGUGUCAACCAGCCGAGCGACGAUUCUUCAGACCGAAACAAUCCGUCGCUCUUCAUUUCUUCUUCUGCUGCAGCUUUUUAAACCUGAAAGGUUUUUACAGCAGCUGUGACAUCUGUAAAGACUCGUUUAUAUUUCUGUGUCUGGAGACGAGGGAGGACCAGUGCUAACAGACUCAAACUCUGCUGACAGUUUAAAAUGUGAAGACUUUAGCAACAAACAGACUAAACGUUUUAUUAGUCCACGUCUUUCCCCUCUUCCAGAUGUGAUCCUCCAUUUGUGCUGUGUGUUGGAUUUUAGGACAAAACUCAGUCAAACUGCUGUUUGCAGUGUACGUCCUGU